AUGCCCUUCGCUCUCAAACCCGCAAGCAUCCGUCAAGCGGCCGCCCAGGUUGGCCGAUCCCUGUCCAACUUCAGCAAGCGCAUCAAGAUUCCUGUGACGGCCACAAGCCCGCCAGGACUCAUCCAGGCAAAUGUCGUCGAUCCUUGGAGUCAAUCCGGAAAGUAUGGACUAGGAUGGACAUACUUUGCGCUCAGCCUGACGGGCUGCGUUCUGCUGGUCCGGAUAUGGCACUAUUGGCAGGACAAAAUCCGUCAAGCAAUUUACAAGCAGGAAGUUGAGGACCUCUACCGAGACCUGUACAAUAUCGAGGCCGACUAUCACAUAUCCAUGCAGGCUGGUCAAUCGCAGCAAUUCUUCCCCGACGGCGCUGGCUUUGACAAGAAGCAGUUUCGCCCCAAGGCUCACUUUUCUUCCGUUGGGGUCGUCAACGAUACAUUGGCCUUGUUUCGAUGGGUCUUUUAUCGCCCCAUUCCCGAUAUCGUGUUCAAGAAGCACCGCUUUACCUUCUCGUCACUAGCCGUCCUGGCUUGCGGUUUCAUUGCCCUCGUCUUCCUUACUCUGUCCUGCUUUUUGCAGCAGCCUCUCUACUGGGAAAGCAUUCGUUUCGGCUCGCCGCCUGUGGCUAUUCGAUCGGGAAUGCUUGCAGUAGCCAUGACACCCUGGAUCAUCAUCACUAGCAUGAAGGCCAACGUUCUCACCAUGGUGAUCGGUAUUGGACCAGAGCGUCUAAACGUCUUCCACCGCUGGCUGGGGUACCUGUGCCUUCUCUUCUCCUUGGUGCACAUGAUCCCCUUCUAUGUCCAGCCGGUAUGGGAAGAUGACGGUAUGACGGUGUUUAAUCAGAUUUUCCCGGAUGGUAGUGGCAUGAUAUAUGGAACCGGCAUCGCCUGCAUUGUACCGCUGAUGUGGCUUUGUAUGGCAUCGCUACCGUGGAUUAGACGUGUAGCCUACGAGGCUUUUGUCAUUCUUCACAUUCCCGCCGGCAUUGCGUAUGUCGCUCUUUUGUUCUGGCAUACGAAAAAUGCCCUCCUUACUUGGAAUUAUCUCUACGCGACCAUAGUCAUAUGGGCAGUCGCUUACUUGUUGAGGUUCUCUAAACUCAACUGGUCCAAGCCAUGGCGGUCAGCGUUCCUGGUUGGUGAUGAGGCUGCCGUCACCCUCAUGUCGGAAAAUGCCGUCAAGGUCACAAUCCCUACGCAGAUGCGCUGGAAACCUGGUCAAUACGUCUACCUUCGCAUGCCUGGCAUCUCGGUUCUGGACAAUCACCCUUUUACGAUUUCCUCCCUCUGCAGCGAAGACUUCCCGUCGGAAUACGGCGAGAACUAUCGCGACUGCGUUCUCGUCUUCAAACCGUACAAGGGCUUCACUCGCCGGGUUCUGGAUACCGCAGUUUCAAAAGGUCCGUUGCACACUUACAGAGCCUUCUUGGAUGGCCCGUACGGAGGCAUGCGUAGAGAGCUGGCCGCUUUCGAUACUUGCAUCCUCAUCGGAGGCGGGAGCGGCAUUACGUCCCUGAUGUCACAGCUACUGAAUCUCAUCAAACGUAUGCGCGACGGCAAGGCCAUCACUCGCAGAGUUGUCGUUGUAUGGGCGCUGAAGAGAUUUGAAGCCAUGGACUGGUUCCGUGAGGAGCUGAGGAUUUGCCGGCAAUCGGCGCCCCCAGAAAGUGUUACAUGCAAGUUCUUCAUCACCGGAACCGUCCGCCACCGACCGGGAGGCGAGAUGCCGGGCCCCAUGAAUGGGAUUAACCCCAGAGCUCUCAAUCACAUGCUUCAUGACAAGUUGGAUGGAUUUGUUGCGGGAAUAGCCUCAAAGCGCAAUUCGGCUCUCAUCGAAGCCGAGGCGAAAGGCGAUCCGGAACGAGAACGCCAGCUUCGUGCCGAAAACGAAGAUGGUAUCACGGCUCUCCCUCAGCAACAGUACCUCCAACCCCAUCCUCCACCUACCCCUGGCGGCCUGCCUUCCAAUCUUCUGGGACCACUCUCGGGACCAAACGGGUAUCCAGAAGACAAGAAGGUCGACGACGACGAUCACCAUCAUAGGAAGGCUUCGACCCCUCAUCAUUUCCAUUUACCUCGUCUUCGAACAGAACAGCCUCCUCACUUCAACUACGCCCCAGCCAACACGCACAAACCUGCCAUUCCAGUAGCCGAAUACAAUCACGGCGACGGCUACUCUGUACAAACCCCCGAGCUCGCUCACGUGCGCAACUCGGCCGUGCCCGAUGCUGCCAAACAGCGACCUACCGCUACGUUUGGCCCCCCAGCCGGGUUUGACUUUGGUUUUCCGGAAACACCCACGGAAUUUCAAAGGAACCUCAUGAGGUCCGCAUUUCCCAUUCCGCAUGAGAUUGAUGGAGGCUGGAGCAUAGAGUACGGUCGGCCUGACCUGGGCUACAUGUUGAAGGAGUGGGCAACGGGAGGUUCCGACGGACGAGGUAUUCUCGGCAGAAGAACAGCCGUGUUUGUGUGCGGUCCUGCGUCAAUGAGAGUAGGUGUAGCCAAAACAGUGGCUAGAUUGCAGGCUGAGAUUUGGGGAGACGAUGAACUAGAGGAGAUUUUCUUACACACCGAAAACUACGCCCUGUAA